CGCAAAGGUGGUGCAACCGGUGCUGUUAUAAAUACUGUGGUACGGCUGAAGAAGCACGUUAGUACCCUUGGUAAAGUUGAAGUGAAUAAGUGAUAACAAUGCGUGGACUUCAAAUUUGCUGUAUGGUGAUCAUGUUCGUUGCGGUGAAAGCGGGUUACAUCAGUUACCCGAUUUAUGGAGGACACUCCGGUUACUCACACUCGGGUUACGAGUACAAAAGUUACGGUGGUCCUAGUGAACAUUAUGCGUACCCCAAGUAUUCUUACGACUACUCGGUGAAUGAUCCCCAUACUGGUGAUUUCAAAACAAAAUGGGAGACACGCGAUGGGGAUGUUGUUAAAGGUGCUUACUCCGUGGCGGACCCUGACGGCACUACGCGCAUAGUAGAGUACACUGCUGACAAACACAAUGGUUUCAAUGCGGUUGUGAAGCGUGUAGGCCACUCAUACCAUCCGCAAGUGUAUAAAAAUAAUUACCAUCAAGGUUUCUACAGAUACCAUUAGAUGGCGCGGCACAUAAAAGUUCCAUCGCCAACAUACAGAUGGCAGUAAAAUGCAAUUAUGCUGUGAUAUUGCGCGAGAAUGUAAAAAACUAUUAUUAAAUCCCACUUUUUAAGUAUUCAGUAAUAGUUUUUUACAACGU